AUGCCGGGCAAAACAACCACUACUCCUCGUAUUACCAAGUUCACCAACUGCCGCAUUGUUCGCGGCUCAUCAUUGGUGGAGCAGGAUCUUUGGAUCGACUCACUGUCCGGAAAAAUCCUCAAGGACCAAGAAGCGUUUUAUGGACUGCACCUCUCCCCGGAUGAGAUAAUCGACCUUGGCGGCCGCAUCCUGGCUCCGGGGUUGAUUGAUGUACAGUUGAAUGGCGCACAUGGCUUUGAUUUUUCCGUACCUUGUGAAACCAAGGAAGAGUACGAUGAAGGCCUGCGCAUGGUGAAUCACGGUCUGGCUCGCACUGGUGUCACCUCCUACCUCCCGACAAUAGUUAGCUCACUGCCCGAGGUCUACUGGAAGGUUCUUCCCUCCCUUGGUCCCUCAGCUGCCACCCACCUUGCGCAAGACGGCGCCGAAUCUCUCGGAGCUCACGUCGAAGGUCCCUUCAUUAGCCCGGGCCGCAAUGGCAUUCACAAAAAAGAGGUUCUCCGUGCCGCCCAAAAUUUCGAGGAUAUUAUCCACUGCUAUGGUGCCGAUAAUAUGGGUGCUGAAUGCCCCAUUAAGAUGAUCACGGCUGCCCCGGAGGUUGGAAACAUGAUGGCCCAGAUCCCCGAACUCACUAAGCGCAACAUCGUCUACUCCAUCGGUCACUCCGAUGCCACCUACGAACAGGCUGUCUCGGCCACGCACCAGGGUGCCAGCAUGAUCACGCAUUUGUUCAAUGCCAUGCGCCCCUUCUACCACCGCGAUCCUGGCGUAUUCGGCGUGCUUGGCCGAAGCGAGCGCCGCCGUCCUUACUACGGCGUUAUUGCCGAUGGAAUUCAUCUGCACCCAACCUCCAUUAAGAUUGCCUACAAUGCUCAUCCGGAGGGCAUGGUUCUUGUAACCGAUGCUAUGCGCCUGUGUGGACUGCCAGAUGGUGUCUAUGAGUGGACCAACGGCGAGCGUAUUGUGAAGACUGGAGCUCGUUUGACUCUGGAGGGUUCGGAUAAAAUUGCUGGUAGUUCAGCAACCCUCAUAGAGUGUGUGAACAAUUUCCGUCGCUGGUCAGGCGCCUCAACCGUGGACGCUAUUAAUGCUGUCACCGCCACCCCUGCACGCUUGUUGGGUAUCGAAGGAGUGAAGGGAUCCCUGGAAAGUGGUGCAGAUGCCGACUUGGUUGUCCUGGGUGAAAAGGAGGACCCAUUUUCAGGUUCCACUCUGACAGUGGACCAAGUAUGGAAAUUCGGGGUGAAGAUCCAUGAUUCCGAGAAGGCGACGGUUUAA